AUGUACGUGGGCUAUGUGCUGGACAAGGACUCGCCCGUGUAUCCCGGCCCCGCCAGGCCCCCGAGCCUCGGCCUGGGCCCGCAAGCCUACGGGCCGCCACCCCCGGGGCCCCCGCAGUACCCCGACUUCACCGGCUACUCGCAUGUGGAACCGGCCCCCGCGCCUCCUGCGGCCUGGAGCGCGCCCUUUUCGGUGCCCAAGGACGACUGGGCCGCCGCCUAUGGCCCGGGCCCCGCGGCCCCGGCUGCCAGCCCGGUCCCGCUGGCUUUCGGGCCCCCUCCGGACUUUAGCGCGGUGCCCGCGCCCCCUGGGCCUGGCCCGGGCCUCCUGGCGCAGCCCCUUGGCGGCCCGGGCGCACCGUCCUCGCCCGGAGCGCAAAGGCGGACUCCCUACGAGUGGAUGCGGCGCAGCGUGGCGGCCGGAGGCAGCGGUGGCAGCGGAAAGACCCGGACCAAAGACAAGUACCGCGUGGUCUACACCGACCACCAGCGCCUGGAGCUGGAAAAGGAGUUCCACUACAGCCGUUAUAUCACCAUCCGGCGGAAAUCAGAGCUGGCUGCCAACCUGGGGCUAACUGAACGGCAGGUGAAAAUCUGGUUCCAAAACCGGAGGGCAAAGGAGCGCAAAGUGAACAAGAAACAGCAGCAGCAGCAGCAGCAGCAGCAGCAGCAGCAGCCCCCACAGCCACCACUGCCAGCCCACGAAGUCACCCCCACUGCCGCUGGGCCGCCCCUGGGGGGCCUGUGCCCCAGCUCCGCUAGCCUCCUGGGUGCCUCCUCCCCAAUGCCUGUCAAGGAGGAGUAUCUGCCUUAGCCCCCCGCCCAGCCUUGUGGGCUGGGGGCCUGGGGACUCAGAUGCUGGGAAUGUGUCUCCCAUUGGGGCUCAGGAGGCCUGGUCUGAGUCCCAGCCCUGUCACUGACCUUCUGAGUCACCUUGGACAAGUCACCCACCCAGCCCCUGUGUGCCCUUGGCCAAUCUGUGCAGCGAGCUCUUUGGAUAAGGACAUUUUCCUUUUCUAGGCUUCAGGGGGAUAAAGGAACCCAGGGUGGGAGGUCUCCAUCCCUAGAGGGCUGGGUGAGGGAGUCAAGAUAAGUCCCCAUCCCGAUCUCCUUCUCCGUAGGUUCAAGGGCAGAAGGCUGCUAUAGGGACUAGACUGAUCCUGGAGAAAGGAGAUGGAGCUGAGGGAAGAUGGAAUGUUGGCCUGUGGGGAGGAAUGUGACCAGCUCCUACCUGCCUGGUCCCGCAGCCUCGCCUCCACCUGCCCCCAUCCAACACACCCUGAACCUCUCCAGGCUGACGCAGAGCAAAAGCCCACAGGAAUGGGCCUGAGAGGCUCUGAUGACUGUCCCCUCCGGGUUGCAGAGCCAUGUCCCCUCACCAGUAUUCUCAAUGGGGCUCCAGGGUGGGGGAGGCCCUUGGAGGGGGACAGAGGUCAGAGCCCUCCCUGCCAAGUCCCACCUCACCAGGCUGUCCCUGGGCCCUGAGAGGACUUUUCUGGACCAAGUAGAGCUCACAGCUGGGCAAGUGUUGUACAUAGAGUGGAACCUCUUGGAUACAACUUUAAGAAUAAACUU